AUGUUGUUACCAUUAUUAACCAAAUAUAUAAAUUACAUAGAUUUUUCGAAUACUUUAAAAUUAGGUAUUAACAUAGAUGGAAUACCAAUAACUAAAAGUUCCAAAAGUCAGCUGUGGCCCAUUCUUAUUUCAGUCAUUAAUUGUAGUCAAAUUUCUAAUAUUGUGCUUUCAAUCGGUAACAAAGCUAUUGUUACAACUUUAUGUCAUACAUUAUCUAUUGAUUAA